AUAUAGCAUGUCAUCUAUACCCUCAAUGAAUUUGUUCAGUGGCCCUGAUAUCUAAAAGACAAGAUCUCAUUAUCGUCCUUUUGGAACUUAUCAAUCAAAUUACUGCUCACAACCCCCAAAAUCAUUAUAUCCAGAAGACUAUUACUCUAUGCCAUCUUAUCAUGAUUACUUAGCUUAACAAGCAAGAACAAAUUAUAAUUAAUCCUAUCCUGAAUAUAUUGAUAAAGAGCACUAUGUACCCAUCAAAUAUGAAAGUCCAUUUUAAACCCUUUACAAGUAUGAAAAAACAAACCCUACUCCUAAAGAUGCCUUUAUUACCCCGUAUAGACCAAAAGAACCAACAGAUGAAGAAAUACAAGAGCAUGUACCUGUUAUUGAUCUAGUGAUUGAACAACAAAGGUUCUACACACAUUUUUCAGAUCACGGUCUACCCAAAGGAUAUGCUGAAAAAGAUUAUCAAAGAGAAUUAGAAGACAGAUAUAACAGAGAUCUUACUUAACAAAUUCACAAUGGCUAUAAGUUGGAAGAAACAAGAACCAAAAAGGAUAUUGAUUAAUUCUAUAGGAAUAUUAAAGUAGCCGUUGAUGAAAGAGGGAGAGUUCAAAUCAACAAUAUUAGAUAGCCAUAACAAACUUCAAAGCCUCUUUCCACCAUUUACAAGACGACUGAAGAUACUGCCAAAGUGACUAGCAAUUUAUAAACGUUUGAUAAUAAUGUUUAUCAGUAACCUAACAAACAAUCUUAAGAACAAUAUCACAAUCAAUUUCAAGACUCAUUCAAUCCUUAUUCAUAAAAUCAGCAACAACCACAAUAAUAAUAGUAGCCACUCCACACAGAAGAAAAGGCUCCUUCUGAAAAGAAUUCAGUGGUAAUACCCAUACCUGGAGAUUCAAAUUUAUAAUAGUCGUAACUUGAAUAAUCCAAGGUAAUUACUAGUAAUGAUUGA